GCCCUUCCGAGCAAGCCCCUCUUUGUACAAAGCCAGCCCCGAUCCACAUCUCUCCAGCACGGUGAAGGCUUGCCUCAUUGGUAAACAUGGUGUUUUUGGAGAUUGAAAUGAAAGGAAACGUAGUUGUUCCUCCCGAUCAGCUAGAUUCCAAAGGUCUUCUACUUCGUAAAGGUAUAAUCCUCCGUCUGCUUGAUGACAUUGCAUGUAAGAAAGCAUCAAAGGAACACGGCUACUAUGUCGCAGUCACCACUCUAAACUAUGUAGCUGAAGGUCAAGUUCACGAGCUUACUGGUGAAGUCAUCUUUCCAGUAUCUUUCAGUUGCACCACUGUGAAACCUUGUAAGGGUGAGAUCUUAGCUGGCACCAUUGAUAAGGUUCUGAAGCAUGGCAUAUUUCUCAAAUCUGGGCCGAUACAAAAUAUUUUUCUCUCAGAAAAGAUGAUGAAAGAUUUCAAAUUCAGCAUGGCUGAAGAGCCAAUGUUUGUGAAUGAGGAUCAACAUUCAACAAUGGAGAAAGGAACCAAGGUGAGGUUCAAAGUUCUUGGGAUUAAGUGGAUUGAAUGGGAUAGAGGGUUCCAAAUGCUGGCAACUCUUGCAGGUGAUUUCCUUGGACCUAUUUGAGCCUAUGUAUGCUCAGUUGUUGGAAUUUUGGCUCAACUUUUGAAAUCACUAUAAUAUUAUAUAGAUUUCCUCAUAGCAGGUUGUAAAUACUCUCAUAGAAGCUUUAUGUUCUUCUAUUUCUUUCAUGUAAGGGAUAUAUGUCUGUACCUUAGCAGCUACGUUUUUUGAA